AUGGGUAAUUCAAGCGAUCGCGCGUUCAUCGCCAACAGGCUGCCGUCUGCGUCCUGCGACUGGCUGAGGCUUCAUCAAGCUGAUGGGGAGGCGUUGGCGGUUACCGCACCCCCAACCACUCGCAUUCUCUACAAGGCGGAAUGCUCAGCUGCACAAUUAUUCGCCGGCAGCACCGCCUUCUCACUAGGGGCCAUGACCUCUCCUUCAUCUAUCCGCAUAGCGCAGAUCCCACGGCACUAUGCCGCACACAUACACCCACAUGUUGUGUGCUGCACUACCGACGGCCUCGCCAAAGGCUGGCGCAUCGAGGCAAACGGCGCCUUGCAGCGCUUGACGGGACAAAGACUGGUGUUACGCACGAGGCAAUGA